GGUAUUGACAACACAUUCGGCCAAUAAACCCUUCACAUCUCCAGAUGGAUGGUGUGAUCUAAGUAUGGAUGGUUCUGGGCGAAUUGCAUUGGCAUGCGCGGCUCUCUUGUUUUUCCAGAUAUAUGGGAGCGUCGACCAGAACCGGGUGCUUGAGCGCCUGUUGCUUUCUCAGUUUCUUAUCCUCUUCAUCUCGGCAGUACUUGCUUUUGCCGCCAGCUUCAUAGCAAAGCGCUGGGCAGGCAGGAAGGGCAGGUUUGACGAUGAUGCACGGUACAGAAAACUCGAGGAGUCCAGGACGGCGAGCCUCCCGCACAGGCCAUCCUUCCGGUUCACGUGGCUGCCUUUGGCUGUCUGCAUCUCAGGCAGGCUGUCCCUUCUGAACUGGCUCCACACCCGGCAGCAGUGCUCGCACCCAGGGGUUGAGCUCUUCCUGCCAUGCUUGUUUGUCAUCUACAAAAUCUUCGCGCGUGCGAGACGGUCUUCAGGCACCAGGGGGGACGAUGAAGGCUUGGAAGACGAGGAAGACGACAUCGAGAACGAUGUUUUCCAGGACAUCGCAGCCUGGUUCCAGAGGUCACAUCUGACCAAUCUUUCUGGAAGUCUUGCUCUCGCUGGCGGUGCCUACCUCAUCUCUCUGCCCGCUUCCAACUCGACCGUCACCUGUCCAGCAUCCGAGUCCAGGCAUGUCGUCUUGGCCUUACAAUGGCUAGGCCUGGCGCUCGAUGCCGUCCUCCUCGCCCUUCUUUGGCGUAUACUGCAGUGGGCUCGUACGCCAACGGAGAGGUUCAUGACGGUCGGCAGCAUCCUGAGCACCUCUGCAUUCUUCACUGGUGUGGUUGUGGUCAUGCACCACAGAGCAUCGGGCCAGUUUCAGUUUGUCGAGACCUACGGUGUCGACUCUCUCUAUCUUUUUGCCAUCUUCGGCCAGAGCAUUGCCUUACUCUUCAUCGCAUCUACCUUUUUUUCGCUGCAGCCCUCGCCGCUGGUCGCUACCGGAAUCAUGACUUUCCUAUGCGGGACAUACGCGGCCUGGAGGAAGAUACACCAGGUCAACACCUAUGAGCAGCCAUCGAAGGCCCAGUUCCUUGUAGGAGUACUGGUAAUGAGCCUCGGCUUUACAUUUUUCUCGAUUAGAAACGGCAUCCGACACGUAGGACUAGCCCGCAGCUUUAUCGUCUUUCUCAUGCUCGUCUUCCUUGUCGUCGCCACGAUCUAUUCAGCUGCGGUGUCCAGCGUGCUGGACCGUCACCCAAUCGACAAGCUCAUCUACGCCACAAGAACAGAGGCACAUCGCUGGCUCGUCCAGUACGCGAGAGUCAGCGAAAGCCUGGGUGUUGCGGCACGAGAGUACCGCGAUCGUCACAAUGGUCGUAAGCCACCCCCAAACUUUGAUAUUUGGUACGAUUACGCCACGACACGGGACUCUCCCAUUAUCGACCACUUUCAGCAGAUUGAUGAUGAUCUGCAACCAUUUUGGAGCUUGAAGCCCAGUCACAUACAGGAGGAGAUACUCAAACUUGGGGCUCAGCAUGGCAUGGGCAUUAUCAGUAUCAAAGAGGGCAUUGUCACAAAUCAGCAGUCGCCAGAGGCUCAUGAUGAAGCAGUGAUGAGCGAUCUGAUGGAACUUAUCCAGCCCUUUGCCCAGCACUUACCGGAUAUGGAUCUCCCUGUUAAUAUGCUGGAUCACCCGAGAGUCUUGCCGCCAUGGUCAGCGGGCACAACACCGAGAUAUGGAGAGGAUGCGCAGGGCGAGGGGUUCAUGUGGUUAUGGGAGCAUCAGCACCGGCUAGGUCAGGCCUGUCCCAGUCAUUCGUCGUCCAGGAUGGGUUUUUACCCACAAAACGGGCAUUUCUGCUCUUCUUGCGCCAAUCCCCAUUCCGAGGGGCAGUUUCUGAACGACAGGGUGCUGGGCUGGGAUCUAUGUCACCAGCCAGAUCUGCUGAACCUGCACGGUUUCUUCGCGACCCACCAAGUCGUGAGGCCAUUUGGCGACCUCGUGCCUGUCUUCAGCCGGGCCAAGACGCAGCAGCACAGGGACAUACUAAUUCCCCUGGCCAGGAGCAAAGAUGAUUACAACCCGGAAGCUGUCGGUCAGCACGAAAAGCCCCUGCUUGACAAGACGAGCCAGCUCUUCUGGCGCGGCAGCAUCCAUCCCGAGAGAACCCUGCCGCCCGGCCUGCUCUCAGCUGGCCAUCAGGAGCGCCUCAGCUACCUGGCCAACAAUGCCACCCCGGACGACUACGUAACGGUUCUGCUCGCCAAGAGCGCUGACGAGGAGAAGUUCCUCUACGAGAAGGCCCCACUGCCCGAACUGAACCGGGCGCUGAAGCUGGAUGUCGGCCUCAGCGACUAUUCGAACUGCAUGAUUCCCGAAUGUGAGGAGGUAAAGAAGGAGUUCGGCAUGAAGCCGGAGGAUAAGGACGGCAAGGCUGAGGCGGACAGCCGAUACGUGAUGGUCAUGGAUCGCGAUGACGGGCCCUCCGAGGAUCUGCUCAGGGUGUUGAGGUCAGGCAGUGUGCCGUUUGUGGCCUCCAUCUUCAAGGAAUGGUACACGGAGCGUGUGUUCCCCUGGCUCCAUUACGUGCCCGUCGACAUCCGCUUCCACGACCUCUACAGCACGCUGGCUUACUUCCUGGGCCUCCAGGACAAGGGCCUCGUUAACGGGCGCAAGGUGCCCAUGCAGUCGCGCGUUGACGACGCCAAGUGGAUUGCGGAGCAGGGGAAGCAGUGGGCGGCCCAGGCUCUGCGGCGAGAGGACGCUGAGAUCUACAUGUUUCGUCUGUUGCUGGAAUGGGGGAGGGUGAUUGACGAGAAGAGGGAUGAUCUUGGCUAUGAGAGUCACAAAUAAAAUAAAACCAAGGGCACAGAGGUUAUGAGGGAAGGUUAGAUGAUAUUGUAUUCUAUAUAGUAAAUACCACAUGUUUAAAUUG